AUGCUUUUAGAUAAUAUGACAGUACUAAGCACUCCUUUCUUCGAUGAUAUGCCACGCGCCUUUCUUCUCGAUAAUGACAAUCUUAGCGAUUCUACAGCACUCUUUGGACCGUAUGCCCAAAUCAUAUGGAAUUUCGCCGACAAGCAUCAAAUGCAACUCGCUUGGAAUCGUGAUCUGAUCGAAAUCAACUCCGAGAUACUGCAGCGCAUAGAUUGUGGCGAGUAUAAUUUAUCGAUGAACGGCGCGACGAUAGUGAAGCCUAUCCCGCCAAAUGUACAAUUCAGCUAUCCCUUAUAUUGGACAAAAAGUUGUAUAAUGAUACCGUUGGAGGAUGAAUUGCCCAAGUAUUGGUAUAUUAUUUGGCCAUUUGGUCGCUAUAUCUACAUGUGUAUACUGUUCGGCAUCAUCUAUGUUGCCAUCCUAAUGAAGUAUGUUGAGUAUCCGACCAACGAGCACAGGCCGACACGUUCGAUAACACGGAAUAUAUUAUAUAGCAGCGCCAUAUUAAUGUACGGUUCCAACAUGAAUGUCCGAUUGAAGAAUGCACAAGUGCGCGUGUUAAUAUUCUAUGCCUUGCUCUUCGUACUCGGCUUCAUACUUGCCGCCUAUCAUUCGCCCUAUCUGACAGGCUACAAUAUGAAACCGAUAUUCAUGCCACCUAUCAAUACAAUCGAGGGUCUAACGGAAGCCAACAUAAAGGUAUUGAUCAGCUUAAGUGACUACACGGAUAUAAAGCAGAGCUAUGUCGAGCACAUACUCGCUUUGACGCAUCUUUUACCUAUUCCAGUGCAGCGCGACGCCGUUUGGUAUGAUGCGCUAAAUCUGUUCAUUCUAAUCACGCAGGAGUCAGGUCUCUGGGAGCAAUGGGAGGAGCGCGCAUUCUUUGCAGCUGUGAGCGCAAAAUAUGCAGAAAUAUUCACCGAUACCUAUCCUUUGGAGGCGUUGAAUCUGCGCUACUUUUUGAUUGCAUGGAUAGUUUUGGGCUCAGGUCUGCUGCUGAGUUGUUUUGCUUUCGCACUCGAAUAUUACAGUAAGAAGCGCAAUAGCGUAAAGGAGGAGACGAGCUAUAAUCGUUUCUUGUAUACGUAA